CACUGGAGGUUACCACUCUGGUUGGACCUGAAGCUCGUGACGUCAUCCCGAGGACCAGGCGAAACCAAGGGAACGCGCAUCAUCUACGUGACGCCGUCAAGCCUGGCCUACGUAUUCAACCGGAUGCAUGUUCGUUUGAUAAAAGAGGCCGUGCACGACAGAUACGCCCGGAUAGUGUCCUCGGCGGUGUUCAACAACGAGACUUGGCAAGGCGGUCUCUUGGAGCGAAGCAUGUACGUCCAGUCGAGCAUUUUGGGCAACCUGAGCAACGCGGCCGUAGAAACGACGCGCUCAUCGGCGGAGCCGUGGUUGGGUGACGUGAAGCACCUGGCCAGGUUUGUGACUCAGCUGGACCCGGACGACUGGCGGUACGCUUUCCAGUCCGCCUUUGGCGCCGCUGGCUCACCGCCCGUUAGUUUGGACGACCCGGUCUUCGUCAGCGACGUCAGGCUCCUCGACACCAUCGAAUCGCUCUUGGCGGCGCACUCGCCCUCGGACAUUGCUGCGCACACGAGCUGGUGGUUUGCCCAGGUUCUGUCUCCCUUGGCGUACCAGGUUGUAAUGGACUCCGUGCGCUCUACCGAGUUCCUCGGCGCCAUGGUGCACGUGAUUAUGUGCGCCAUGCAGGUCGAGUCCGUGUACAACGUGCUUCUCGCCGUGCUCGAGCGCAACCGCCUGACGACGGAGACGCGCGCUUCGCUCGUGCUGCUCUUCGAGCGACUGCGCAGUGUGGCGGUCACGAAGGUCGCCUCCUCGCACAGGCUCGACGGCGACGCGCGAGCCGCAUUUGCCGAAGUCGCUGAGGGAGCGCAAGCCGUCUUCUGGCCCGAAGAGAGCAGCGAUGGCCGCAGCGAGGACGUGCUGUUGCGGGACCUGUACGGCGACGCCGAGCCCCGCUCUGACGAUGGCUUCGUGCAGCGUUGGCUGUCCAGUCGCCGCGCCCUGCGCCGUUCGCUCGGCACGGCGGCCGGCGACAUUGUGACGCGCAUCUUCAGCGCCGAUUACGUCAGCAUGGCGUCGCACGACCCCUUCAGGCGGCUGGUCUCGCUGUGGACGGCCGCGCUGGAGCCGCCCUACCACGCCGAGGGCGGCACGAGUGCCAUGCGCUACGGAGGCCUCGGAUUCCUCCUCGCCCGGGAGCUGUUCCGGCUCGCCGACGUGGUAGCGGCAACCAGCGCCAACGACAGCAGCGUGACGAGACCUUGGAGUCUGUGGGAAAGCGAAGGCGACAACUCGUCAGCGCCGGCGGCGGAGUGCCGCGGAGAAGGCGUCUUUCCGGACCUCCCUGCGCUGGAGACGGCCUACGCAGCAUACCUCCAGUAUCGCAGGGAUGAAUACGACGCGCCGCUCUCGGACCUGGACAUCUACACGCCAGAGCAAGUGUUCUUCAUGACCGCCUGUCACACAUCCUGUCGUGUCGACCCUGACGGCGCUUACGUGCCUGACCGUUGCACCGUAAUCAUGAAGAAUUUCAGACCUUUUGCUGCGGUCUUCAACUGCGUAUACGGGUCUCCAAUGUACCCCUCUAAGCGCUGCCAGUUCUUCUGAACUUUCUUGCGACUAACGACCAUUGUGACGUCGCGUUUUAUCACUGUUAAUUCUAUGUGUUAUACGUUGCGCAAAUUCCACAUGGCGCUGAGGCCCUCGCAGAGGCUGUUAGCGCAGUUACCAAGUGUAAUAUUAUGAAAUGUUCAUAUUGUUGCAAGACGUCUUUUAGUGUGGCGUGGCUGAAAUUGUCGCAUUUGUCGUAGUCUGGCCGUACUCGACACAACAAAAGCCCCUCCUGUAACUUUCCUGGGAUGCGGAGAGCUCGCCCCAAGAUUUUGCCCCUUGCAAUGUAACCCACCUUCCGUGCCUAAGGAUUGGGCACGGAGCAUUUUGCUCCAGAUAAAUUGAAGUUGCAUGCAAUUCGGAGUGCAUUUCACCGCGUUAGAUUAAGCUGUCCUAGAACAUCUGUUCUGUACGAAUUACAUUAACACUAGCGCGAUCCGUCACGUACAAAAAACUUUCUAGUGUUGUAGCUGAUACAAAGUAAAUUUCACGAGCUGCAUUCGCCCUUACUAGAUCUUACUAAUGCAUUCGCCCGUGACGUAUGGUACACAUUCUGUAAACUUGUACUGCUUCCACGCGUUUUCACUGCAUAGCGCACGAGUUGCAGCUGUAUAUAACUGCAUGUAUGCUUCCUUUCGGCAGCGUGGCUUGCUGUAGCAACUUGUGAUGGUAUGCAAAAUCUAUCCGCAAAUGUUUCUCCACCAAACUUGUUGCAAGAAAAGCUACGUCAUUCCACGUUAGAGCCCAGUAGUUCUUUUUUUACGUAUGUUCUGUAACGAGGACAUUACAGCCAACAAAAUCUUACCCGAGAAGACUAGAGACUCUAUCGACCAUAUCGAUAUCAACUUAGCAAAGCUAGGCAGGAAAUGCAAAUACGCAGAGAAGCAUAUAUUUGUGAUCUUCGCCGGUGCACAAGCGGGACGACUUUUAGUCGACUAAGAGAUGUAGGCACCCAUCCGGACGUUUUCUGAGAAAGCCGUGAAAGGCACUGUGUAAUAUGCUGAGUGCAGGGGCGUUAAGUCGCAAUGUUUGUGCUGCAAGUGUUGUAUCGCUUUGGCAUUAUCCAUAUGGCGUCGUCCAAUGCACGUGUUCGCAACACCGAUUUCGAUUUUAUAAUACUCCUUUCGCGUCUGGUGAGCACUGUUGCGUGUGCCGAGGUAUGCGUGGCCGGCAGGAGGUCUGGACCCCACUUCACGCAGAGUCAGAGACGAGGAGAGCUUUCUCGGCGAAGAAUUCUUUAUACAGUAUGUACAAGUUGGCGUGGUUAUGAGGAGAGAGCAACCGAGCAGCUCCAAGCUGCUUAAAUAACACUUCCCCGUCCCCAGAUUCCCCAAAUAGUCCCUAAGGACGAACAAGUUCGAGAGAGAGAGGGUCCGGGCAGCCUCCGUGGUCCCAACGCCGCUUUCAGUGGCCGGCGCCUCCGGGCACCGCGCUGCGCCGUCAGGCUAAUCUGGCGGUCGGUCGGUAUGGGGCGCCGGGCAAGUUCAAUGGCCCGGCAUACGACAAAGGGAACGAACGAUCUGCAAGGCAAGGUGUCGAAACAUAGUCCUUGGGUGGUCGGUAAAAGGGUUGCCCCUGGCGCCGCCGCACAAAGGAAGGGGUGGGGUACACUGCUGUCCGCACGAGGAGGGGCCGAAUAGCAGUCAGUGAGCCGACGGCCGCUUCCGUCGUUGACGCCGUGCAGCCGCGAGGACACCCAAGCUGUGCACUUAGUCGUCACGUGCCCGAAGCGGGCACCAUGUGGGGUUUAAUGCUGCCUCCACGGUCGACACACCACAGCACUGGCCUCCCGUCAGGCAAAUUCCAAGGCACAAACAUAACAGCACGCAAGUUUCUCAAGGGGAACAUGACAGAGACGUCUCAUGUUGUCACGGCAAGUGCUAUUUCAAGAGACGUCCAAAGGGAGAGGGGAGUGUCAAAGGGAGCGGCCCAAUUCUCGGCACGUGUAGUACGUAGGAAUAUUGUGUUUUCCGCAGGUUCUGUGGCGGGACGAACAAUGCCAUGGCGGGCAUGCUAUCGUUUCCUGCGCCGCAACGGUAUACCUGCUCAGGACGAAGAGACGAGCGCAGCGCUUUGCGGCGUCUUCACUCUGCCAGUCCCCGUCGAUUUAUUGUGCGCUGCGAUCCAGUAGACUCGUAUACCUGCUCACUGGCUCUUUCGGCAAUGGACUUCCGAGAACGCCCGUGCCCUCACGCCGUUCACGGCGCUCUAGGGAGCAUUCGUGUGAUGCCGUAGUAUACGCCAUACAGCCGCACUUUCUCGUUUGCUGUCCUGCGACGCGACCUCGUCGUACAGCCAGUGGGUGCCAUAUAUCGUGGGGUGUCAUGCAGGUGGAAUCGAUGGCCCCCGCCGCUGCAGCCUGUGAUAUCGCCACCGUCUCUAGAGUACAAGACGCAGGCCGGCGCUUCGUUGGCGGGCUGGAACCUUGUACGAAAAUGGCAGCAACCUGGCCUAUAGCCGUUGUAGAACAGUCAC